UUUUUAUUUAGACAGUUUGUGAUUUCUAAAAUUUGAAUGACAUGAUGAUCUAAGCACUGAAGCAUCUGCAUCUGUUAUUUUGAACAAUGAAGCACAUGUAGCAACAUUAUUUUAUUUUAUUUUAGCGGACGCAACAAGCUUUUAUUUUGAAACUGUAUUUCUUCAUGCCGUCAGAGCUGUGUUCACAUAAUUGUUUACUAAAAUCCAAAACAUUCAGAGACUUGUAAAGUAAUUUUGCGUGGUAAAUCUACCAAAUUCUGUACAUCAGAAAUGAGCGAUUUAACAAGUAACAUUUGAGAUUCUUGACUUCAAGAAAAGCAGUUAAAUGACUACACCAUGGACAUUGAAUUCCCCAAACAAGAGCACUUUGACAGAAUUCCUCUCCCUCUCUCCGCCCUGCGGCUCCUGGUCCCUCCUGUGCGCCUCAUGUCUGCCUUCAUGUGGAGAACUGUGCAGCAGAAGGAUGUGAUUCAGUAUGGGAUGCUGGCAGAUUUUGUUUCAUUAGUGUCAGAGGCAGUCCCAGAACUGGUUAGUUGUAGACAUGGUGUUCAACUUAUUCUAGGACUGCGUGCAAAGCUUGUUUUGGAGUUGUGUGAGAGAGAUGACCCUGCUGAUAUGCACACAAUCCAUACUCACCUUAACAGCAUUCAACUCGUGGAUCACACUAUGGUUGGAGAAGCAGGUGUUUGUUUUGUGGAGCUGGUCCAAACACUUAUUAAAGAUGUGGAUGAGAAGGAGCAUUUCUUCCAGCACGUGUUUCCAGUGGAUUUCGGCACUGACUUUGACUCAGCCAUUCAGGUCCUGAUGUGGCAUUUCCUGUCUAGGCUGGAGCACUUCCUGCCAAUUCCUGACCUUCAGCAGACUCUGGCUUGGCUUGACCCAAUGUUGCCUGUUUCUAAAGACUGUGAGCAGUUCAAUAGUCAUUCAGAUCACUUAAAGACACUGCUUGAGCACUACAAGAACCUUGGACACCUAGAUACCAAAUUAUAUUUCCAUAUUGCGACAGACUCGUGUCAGCCCAUGAGUGCAGGAAACUGCAUCCUGUCCACACUCUCUGGUAAAGCAGGAGACAUCCAUCAGAAGAGAGUAGGUCACGUUCAGAUGCUCGACAGACGGAUUUCAGACCACAUUGUGAAAAGUGCCGUGGAGUCAGUAGUAGGAGCAUCUGAAUGUAGAGAGACUCUGGUAGGACCGGAUGAAGAUGGAGAGCAUCUUAUUCUAGAAUCAGAGUGUGCAAGAGGUAUGGGUUUGAAUGAAUCUGUGCAAACACUUCGAGAAGACCACGGAUCUACAGAUGUAAUAAAGGAAUCAGACUCUAAUACUGAACAGUCAGAGUUCCUGUCUUCUCCUUUGUCUGCGCAAUCAGUGUCUGAAGAUAGUGCUGUACCCAAAAUAAUUGUGGGCAAAGGCAGAUCUGCAUGGAAGCCUAAAACCAUGUUGAAGAUUAAAAUGGUCAACCUUAAAAAGCUGAAGAGAAUAUCAGCAACUUCUCAGAAAACGUAUGGAACAAACCUGCAGCAUCAGGUGGAGGUAGACUCUGUUACCUCAGAAAACAAGGGUCACCCUGUGGAGUCUGACACAUCUGAUUGCACCUUAAAUAACACAAAUGGAUCCUUUCACACCUACUCAUGCUUGCAGAGUCCAUUCAAUCACUUUCAGGAGGAAAACCUCAGAGGUCACAUAAAGAAAGUCCACUCCACUGAGGUUAUGGAAAGUGGGACUGCAGUCGACCCCUCUUUGCCCAAUAGCUGCCACGUUUGUGGCAAAAGCUACCGCUUCCCAUGCUUAUUAAAAGCCCACCAGCGCACCCACACCGGAGAGCGUCCUUUUCUUUGUCCGGUAUCUGAAUGCGGCCGCAGUUUCUCCCAUUCCCAGGCCCUCCGUCGCCAUAGACUCAUUCAUGUGCCCAAACACAUCAUAACAUCACCAAACGAUGUUCCUGAGGAAAACAAACCGCAAAAGCCAGAAUCCCAAACCUAUGGCUGUCUGUACUGCGUAGAGACCUUCAGCUCACUCAGCGCCAGGAGAGACCAUCACAAGACCCACCCUGAAGAAGCAGUGCAUCGCUGCAAUGCCUGCGGGAAGCAGCUCAGCUGUCAGGCAGCUCUAAUCAGACACAAGCGGAUCCAUGCAGAGGAACGACCCUAUAAGUGUACAGAAUGUCAGUCCACCUUCAUCUGCUCAACCUCGUACAAACGACACGUGCUGACCCAUCAACCAGAGAGACCAUUCCUUUGUACCUGUGGGAAGGGUUUCACAUACCGCGGUGCACUUUUGGCUCAUCAGCGCAUCCAUUUGGAGGAGAGACCACAUCAUUGUACAGACUGCGGGAAGGGGUUUCUGUACCCAGGGGCUUUGGCGAAACACCAGAAGACCCACUCCAAAGAGAAACCAUGCCUUUCUGCACAUUGUGGGAAGAACUCUAAUAUAGAGAACUCUGUUUGUUCACACUCUGACAGCCAUAGCACAGAGAAAACGUUUAAAUGCACUCUGUGCGAUAAGUCAUUCGCGUUCAAGGCCAGCUUGACCCGGCAUAAACUCACACACACUGGAGAAAGGCCAUUCCUUUGUUCAGACUGCGGAAAGGCCUUUUUCUCCUUCGGAGAGUUGCUCAAGCACCAGCGCUACCACACAGGACAUAAACCUUUCCAAUGCCUGGACUGCAAAAAGAGUUUCACGCAAGCCUGCUACUUGCAGGUCCACAUGAGGCACCACACAGGCAUACGGCCUUAUUCGUGUACUCAGUGUAAUAAGAGUUUCUUCAGUUCUUACCGCCUUAAGAGACACCUGCGGAUUCACACGGGAGAGAAACCCUUCAAGUGCUUGGACUGCGGAAAAAGAUUUCAACAGUCAUAUCACCUGAAAGUGCACUUCCAGACUCAUAUAGAAAAGAGAUCAGAAAGCAGGACGUCUAAUGCUUCAUUGAUGGCAUCAUAAUCACUUAACUUGGGGCAAAAAAGUAUAUAAAGUUCAAUGUUUACACAUUUGAUGCAUUUUGUUUUCAUAUUAGUUCUCAUCAGGAACCUGUAAUGUGAGUCAAAUUAUGUUUUAUAUCAACAGUAAGUGAAAAUGUACCAAAGUCAGGCUAGGUGCCUCAUUUAAUUUGAAAAUGAUGUGGUUAGGGACAUCUACAAACUGUUUAAUAAGUGUUAAUUUGGUGAACAGUUUAUGUGUUUUAUUAUGGCUGAGGUCUAUAAAAAAGGCGUUGUUGAACAACAAACGGUUGGGUUUUCUUGAAAAGCAAUCGCCAAGACGUUUUAAUUUUACAUAUUACAUUAACUACGAGCGUUUCAUAUUAUAACCUUUGUUUAUGUAUUAUAUAAGGGUUAAAUGACCUAACACCAUAAUAAAACGCGACGUAACGAAAUAGAAGUCGCGUUCUAGUUUGGUUAAUUUGAUCUAAACGACGAACCUCGACUGUGCCAUUGUCUUAUUAGUUUUUUCAGAGUAACUUUAAACAACAUUAUAUACAUAAACCAAUUUUAACGAAAGGAAGAUACUUCACAAGCCUGUCCUCUGCACUUCUUGCACGGUCAGCCAGGUGGCACCAACACAACGUCCAACACAUUUUAAAAGCGUUCCACGUGUUCACUGUUGCUUCACAGUGUUUACAGCAGUACCAGCAGCUCUCAAUAACAAUAACUGGUUUCUACAGUUGUCAUUAAUGGACUCCUAAGUAAGAUUCCUAUUCCUGCCUUUCUUUCACGGAGAAACAUAAAAUCAAUACUGCUAUAUUAGAACACAAAGCAGCAAAGGGCAGACACUUGUGGGUGGUUGUUUGGAGUCCCUUGGUCCAUUCAUUCUGUAAGUGUUUCCAGCUGGGAUGGGAGAGGCCGGCGCCUGCCCAGCUGCUGCGCACUGACCUUCUACUUACAGCAGGAGAGACAGAGUCAUUUACUAUUGCAAGAAGCACCAGGAUCCAUAUGACUUUGAAAUACUCUUUUGAGGAUCCAUUGGUGAGCAAGUGACAUAAUGCUAACUUUCUCCAAAUCUGUUCUGAUGAAGAAACAAACUCAUCUACAUCUUGGAUGCUAUAAGGAGAGCGGAUUUUGGAAUUUGUUACUGAAGUAGCGAGGAGUGGACAGAAGUGGGAUGACACAAGUGAAGAGACAAACUUCCAGCCCUGGAACCAAUUAGAGCAGGAGGAGCCCCUCCACCAGUCCACCAGAGGCGCCUUCGGUGUGGAGACAGAGACAGAGGCAGGUGCUACUGUCGUUCCUCUGGAGAAGUAAUCAACAGCACCUCUGUUCUAAGAGCCAGUUUGCCUGAUGUUACAGCAUGUUGAAUGAGGCUCUCCGAUGGAGAACGGCACACACACACAGGAGUUGGAACACAUGACUAUAAAGCAUUACAGCUGGACUUUGAGGAGAACAUGUCUGAAGAUGCAGAAAUAUAGUGCUUUUCCAGGCUCAAACACGCUUCUUCCGUCCCACCCUUCCAGUCCUUAAUCUCCCCUCAUCUCGAGACACAGGGCAACAGGUGAUGCUUGGAGAUACUUCACACGGCCUCAUUUGCAAUGAUGGCAGAUUGCAAUCAACAGGUCAGACGAAUAAUUAAAGAGGAAAAAGGAUGGAGGGGACGGAAUGAUGAAGAGGGGAUGAAAUUAUUAUAAGCAUUGUACCGAACGCAGGUUUGAGCUUUGAAGGAAUAUCCUCAUCAACACCACCAUCAUCAUCAUCACCUUCGUCCAUCUUAAUGAUUGGUGUUUGUAUGAAUGAUGCUUCCUCUCAGCUAAUCAGGAGUAUGCAUGAGUACCCUCGCUUUCUCAAGCAUUUAAUCAGGCCUAAUCAGCGUUAAAAAUCUGCUCGCCUUCUACUAGUAUACGUGUUCUCAUCUUACAAAAAAAAAAAACACACAAGUCUCACCAAGCAGCUCAGAAAAAUGCGUUUGAUAUUCUGAAGGCUGAAUAAAACCAAAUAUGACAUUUCUCAAGCUAUUUUUCUCUCAAAAAGAAACUUGACUUCCUUCGAAAACAAGCCAGACAUUUCCAUCCUUUUUAGCUCGCUGAGUGAUUUGUCACCGUUCGAGCGAGAGCAGCAGGAGUGUCCUUUAUGCCAGUGGCUGGUGUAUCAUUGACCCGUGAAUUGUAUUUGUUGAUAGGUCACCAUCUGUCACCCUGGACCAGAUGAGCAGGCUUCGGGACGGAAAAUGUUAUCACUGAAAUGGCAACAUGUGGAUUGAGGGAAGUUUUGGGAGCUACAGGACAAUUGGAUCCCAGGAGACAAAAAGGGCCCUAUUAAAUGGAUCAUUUUUUCCUUUGCUGAAUUCUAACGAAAACUAUUCUCACCAAGCUCUGACUGGCAUCGCUGUUAAUGAGAAAACGAGAUCCACAAAGUCAAUAAUCUUAAUCAGGUGGAGCUAUUUUGAGAAUGAAAAGGCUGAGAAGAAGGGGAAUGUUAAAACCACUGACAAUUAAUAACAUUUAAAAGGAUUCGUAGAGCCACAGUUGCUGGGAAUGUGUCGCAAUUACCGUGUUUACGAAGUUAAAUAGAUGUCGUUGAUGGAGGAACAUGCAGUCAGGGGGUUUCUGUAACUUUGAGUAAUCAAAGUAAGAAAGAAAACCAAGCAUGGCUCACUGGAAAAACAUGCCUUUUGCAACUUUUUUGCAAUAUGAUAUUCCAAUUAUUAUUGAUUAUUUCUUUUUGUGCAUUUCAUCACACUUUCAAUGUGAAAGGUCCAAUGAGUGCCACUAACCGUCUGUUAAAUUUGAUCCAAAAUGGAUAAAUGUGAAUCUGGCAAUGUUAUGUUGGUUGUUGUGCGUAUGUUGUCAGUUCAAAAAUGAAAUAUUUGGUGAGUGGUGCUAAAAGGCUAAUUCUCUAUCAUGUUUGAAAAUAACGUACCAACUACACUAAAUUCUGACCUAAACCUAACCAAGUGUUAGCAAAAACAAACAUGAGAUAAAACUAAUUUGCUGAAGCAACCAUGACAUUUUAGCCUGCUUCGAUAAGUCUUGGCAUUGCAAGUGCAGUAGCUACCGAGCAAGUUUACCAAGUCAGAAAAUGUAAUGCAAACAUCAAAAUGUGCUAGUUUACAAAUAAUGCACUGAUGGUAAAAGUGUUUAUGGACAUAGCAUAGUGCCAGAACAAAUUUAGGUUAUAAAAAAAAUGUUGUAUGAACAUUGUUUUGAAAUGUUUCUAAAAGAUUGAAAUAUCCAGGUUUCUUGUCAUAGUUAUAACGUUAUUUAAAGGUUACAAAAACAUUUCUUACAACAUUUUACUAACUUUAUUUACACUCUAAAUAUAACAU